CCACACAUGGACAAACACAUGUGCGUUUAAAACCGCUUGUUGUUUGUUAUUAUUAGAAGUUUGUUAUUAUGUCGUCCGAGCCGGAAAUCGCUAAGGAUGCGGUUCUGAAGCGCAGCGAACGCAUUCCUGAAAACACACCCAAGGUUGAGGGCUAUGAUUUUAAUCAGGGUGUGGAUUACAGCAAGCUUUUCGAGUCUUAUGUGAACACUGGCUUCCAGGCCACAAAUCUGGGGCUUGCCAUAAAGGAAAUUAACAGAAUGCUAGAUUGCAGGGCACAGCCGUUGGAUGCUGAACAAGAGGAUAUACACGAAACAGAUGAAUUCAUUAAAAGGCGGAGUAAGUGCACCGUGUUUCUGGGAUACACCUCAAAUCUCGUGUCGUCGGGCAUGCGUGAGACAUUGCGCUUUCUGGCUGAGCAUCGCAUGAUUGAUUGCAUUGUCACAACAGCUGGCGGUGUGGAAGAGGAUUUUAUCAAGUGCCUAGCACCCACAUUUAUGGGAUCGUUUGAAUUAAACGGACGCGAGCUGCGUGAUCGCGGAAUCAAUCGCAUAGGCAAUCUGUUGGUGCCAAAUGACAACUACUGUAAGUUUGAGGAUUGGCUUAUGCCACUGCUGGAUGAAAUGCUGGAAGAGCAGCGCAGCAAGGGCACAGUGUGGUCGCCAUCGCGUAUUAUACAAAGACUUGGCGAGCGUAUAGGAGAUCCUAGCUCCAUAUACUACUGGGCGGCAAAGAACCAAAUUCCCGUCUAUUGCCCGGCAUUAACAGACGGCAGCUUGGGCGACAUGAUGUACUUUCAUUCAUUCAGACAGCCUGGUCUGGUGCUGGACAUACUUUCCGACCUGCGAAGGCUCAACACCAUGGCUGUAAAAGCCGUUAACAGUGGCAUGAUUAUAGUAGGCGGCGGAGUCAUUAAGCAUCACAUUUGUAAUGCGAAUCUUAUGCGAAAUGGUGCCGACUAUUCCGUUUUCAUUAACACUGCCUCCGAGUUUGAUGGCAGCGACAGCGGUGCCAGACCAGAUGAGGCCGUAUCCUGGGGCAAAAUACGCAAGGAAGCCACACCUGUGAAGGUGUAUGCCGAGGCUAGUUUGGUAUUUCCGCUCAUUGUGGGCGAGACUUUUGCCAAGCGGCACUUUAGCAACAAAGCAGCUAAAGAAGCUACAUUGUAAAACUAAAUAACUAAAUAUAGCAAAGACCAUUUGAAUCUGUAGCA